GGGCGGGGGGCCGGGCGCCCCGAAGCUCCGCCAUGAAGUCUCGGCAGAAGGGUAAGAAGAAGGGCGGCUCGAAGGAGCGGGUGUUCGGGUGCGAUCUGCUGGAGCACCUGCAGCACUCCGGCCAGGACGUGCCCCAGGUGCUGCGGAGCUGUUCCGAGUUUGUGGAGGAGCACGGCGUGGUGGACGGGAUCUACCGGCUCUCGGGGGUGUCCUCCAACAUCCAGCGGCUUCGGCAGGAAUUUGAGGCGGAGAGGAAGCCGGAUCUGGGGAAGGAGGUCUACCUGCAGGACAUCCACUGUGUCUCCUCCCUGUGCAAGGCCUAUUUCCGGGAGCUACCCGACCCCCUGCUCACCUACCGACUCUACGACAAGUUCGCCGAGGCGGUGGCCGUUCAGAUGGAGGCCGAGCGCCUGGUGAAGAUCGGCGAAGUCCUGCGGGAGCUGCCCGACCCACACUACAGAACCCUGGAGUUCCUCAUGCGACACCUGGUCCACAUGGCAUCGUUCAGCGCCCAGACCAACAUGCACGCCCGCAACCUGGCCAUCGUGUGGGCCCCCAACCUGCUGCGGUCGAAGGACAUCGAGGCGUCGGGGUUCAACGGGACGGCGGCUUUCAUGGAGGUGCGCGUCCAGUCCAUCGUGGUCGAGUUCGUCCUCACGCACGUCCAGCAGCUGUUCGGAGGCGCCCCCCUGCCCGGUGGAGAAGCAGAGGGCGGGCGUCGGUCCCUGCUGCUGGGGGUCCCGAGAGCCCCCGUCGGGCCGGGGGUCUUCGAGGAGGUCAGCGGCCGGAGCCCCUCCAGCCACCUGCCCAGCAUCCUGCAGGCCGGAGACGGGCCCCCCCAGAUGCGGCCAUACCACACCAUCAUAGAGAUCGGGGACCACAAGAGAAAGGGCUCACUGAAGGUCAGGAAGUGGAGGUCCAUCUUCAACCUGGGCCGGUCCGGGCACGACACCAAAAGGAAAACCCACCGUGGGGGGGAGAAGCUGGGCAAGGGGAGCCUGCGGCCGGCCAAGAGCAUGGACUCCCUCAGUGCUGUCUGCGCUGUCUGUGACGAGUCCGAGGAGCUCCCCGGCUCCGACAGCCCCCGGCCGGGCCCGUUGGAUGGCGACAGCCAGGAGGACGUCUCGGCGGCGGCGGCGGAGGGUUUCCCGGAGGCGGGGACGGAGACGAGCUCGGCCCCGGGGACCCCUCGGGCGGGCCGGCCGGGGGUGGGGGUCCGGGGUCCCUGCUCGCGGGCGGAGCGCUGCGCGGGGGUGCACAUCUCCGACCCCUACAACGUCAACCUGCCGUCGCACAUCACGUCCAUGCUGAGCGGGCCGCCCACCAUCGUGUCCAACGUCAGCCUGGCCCGCCUCACCCGCGGCCUCGAGUGUCCCGCCCUCCUGCCCCGACCCGCCAACGCCGCCAACGCCGAAAACGCCGAAAACGCCGCUAACGCUGACGCCGAAAACGCCGAAAACGCUGACAACGACUCCAACGCCGAAAACGCCUCCAACGUCGACGAGAAGGCAGAAGCGUCCCCGGUCCCCGUCCCCGCCGAGGCGGCCGGCACAGAGGUGGCUCGACUGUCCCAGGAAGUGCAGGAUUCCUUCUCCUUCCUGGAAGACCUGAACGGCUCCGAGCAGGACUGGGGCGGCGGGGAGGGGCAGGGGGCCGGCGGCCGCCUCCCGAGGCCCCUCUCCCUCGCGGACGAUGACCCCCUCUACGUGGGCGACCCCUUCUACUCAGGCGCCGGGCUGCAGGUGGAGGAGUUCUCGGUGGAGCCGCCCCUGGACGAGCUGUCCCUGGAAGAGGCGCCCUUCGUCCUGGCUCCCGCCUGCUGCUCCCUGGACGGCAGGGCCCCCACGCCGGAGGAGAGCGGGGACGAUGUCUUCUUGAGCGCCUACGACGACCUGAGCCCCCUGCUGGGGUCCGGGACCCCUGACGGCGAGGCCCGCUGGGCCCCCGAGGAGGCGUGGAGAGGGGGAGGGGGAGGGGCCGGAGAAGGUCAGGAGGCCCCAGGAGAAGCCAACGGGAGUCAGGAGGUCCAGGCGGAGGCUGGAAAGGAGAUGGAACGGGAGCGGAUCCAGGCUUCAGGCCGCCUAGAAGACCCUGAGGCCAGAGGGGAGGAGGCCUCGGGGGCCCGGGAGGCCGAGGGAGGCCGGGAGGGAGGAGAAAACGGCCCCCUGGCCACGGGGGCCCAGCCCCCGGCGGCCGCCGGGUUGGAGCCGGUGGGCCCGGGCUACCCGAGGCCCGUGGCACCGGAGCGCUGGCCCCCGUGCCCCUCCCCUCCGCCCCCCAGCCCCACGGGCAGCGUGGGCAUGCGGCUGGCCUCCACCCUGGUCAGGGUGCAGCAGGUCCGCUCCGUGCCCGUGGUCCCCCCGAAGCCGCAGUUCGCCAAGGUGCCCUGCGCCCUGACCAGCAAAAUCCACGUGGCCCCCGCGGCCCCCUGCCCGCGGCCCGGCCGGCUGGACGGCUCGCCCGCGGAGGGGGUCUCGGCCGCCCGGGCCCAGAGGGCCUCCUGGAGGAACGGGGGCAGCCUGUCCUUCGACGCGGCCGUGGCGCUGGCCCGGGAGCGGCAGCGGACGCAGGCCCCCGCGGCCGUCCGGCGCACCCAGACCUGCGGCCCCCCGCCCUGCGGCCCCGUUUCUCCCCACGGCCCCCGGCCCCUCAGCUGCGUGGGCUGCACCCUGCCCCGGGACCCCCCGCUCGGGGGCUCGGAGAGGGCUGACCCCCGCAGCCGGCUCAGCCUGCCCCCGCCGGCCUCCCGCCCCCUGGAGUCCCCCGUCCCUCUCCAACGCAGCUCCUACGCUUUCGAGGUGCGGGCAGCGGGCCUGGGGGAGGAGGAGGAGGAGGGGGGGGACCGGGCGGGGCUCUGA